AUGCCCGCGGCCCGAGCGCCCCCUUCCUUCCUCCGGCUCAGGCUUACCGGGUGUCGGGCAGCUCUAGCCGGCCCCCGGGGUAACGCGGAGCCUGAAGCGUUCUCGUUCCGCUGGCUCCGCGGUGUUGACCUUUACGGCAGAGGUGUCGGUCCCCGUUCCCACUUUUCUGUCUCUUCCAAGGGGACUGGUGCUGUAUUAUUUGAUUCGGGCAAUGUGCAGCUGUGCCGCACUCUCAGUGAGAACAAAAGCCAUGAUCAUGUGGGUUUCCGAGAUAUCCAGCAGGCUUUGUAUGAGCUUGCAUACCACGUUGUCAGAGGGAACUUAAAGCAUGACCAAGCUUCUAAUGUUCUUGGUGAUGUCAUAGAGUUCCGGGAAGAAAUGCCUUCCAUCCUAGCUGAUGUGUUCUGCAUAUUAGACAUUGAAACAAGUUGCUUAGAAGAAAAAAAUAAGAGGGAUCACUUUACCCAACUGGUGUUAGCCUGUUUGUACCUUGUAUCGGACACUGUCCUAAAGGAGCGCUUAGAUCCAGAGACGUUGGAGUCCUUGGGGCUUAUCAAACAGUCUCAACAGUUCAAUCAGAAAUCCGUUAAAAUAAAGACAAAACUAUUUUAUAAGCAGCAGAAGUUUAAUUUGUUAAGAGAGGAGAAUGAAGGCUAUGCAAAGCUCAUUGCAGAACUGGGGCAAGACUUAUCUGGAAAUAUCACUAGUGAUUUAAUCCUUGAAAAUAUCAAGUCUUUAAUAGGAUGCUUUAACCUUGAUCCUAACAGAGUUUUGGAUGUUAUCCUAGAAGUCUAUGAGUGCAGGCCUGAGUAUGAUGACUUCUUUGUACCACUGAUAGAGUCUUAUAUGUACAUGUGUGAGCCUCAAACUCUAUGCCAUAUCCUUGGGUUCAAAUUCAAAUUUUAUCAGGAUCCAAGUGGGGAGACACCUUCCUCCUUAUACAGAGUUGCUGCUGUUCUCCUGCAACAUAAUCUCAUUGAUCUGGAAGAUCUUUAUGUUCAUCUUCUUCCAGGGGAUAACACCAUUAUUGAGGAGCACAAGCGGGAGAUAGUGGAAGCCAAGCAAAUAGUCAGAAAGCUUACAAUGGUUGUCUUAUCCUCUGAGAAGGCUGAGGAAAAGGAGAAGGAAAAAGAAAAAGAGGAGGAGAAAACUGAAAAGCCUCCUGAUAACCAAAAGCUUGGUUUAUUGGAAGCUUUAUUAAAAAUUGGUGAUUGGCAGCAUGCACAAAGUAUUAUGGACCAGAUGCCUCCCUUUUAUGCCACUUCACACAAGUCUAUUGCAGUUGCCCUUUGCCAACUUGUACAUGUGACAAUUGAACCUCUGUACCGCAGAGUUGGUGUACCUAAAGGAGCUAAGGGGUCACCAAUUUCUUCUUUGCCAAACAAGAGAGCACCAAAACAAGCAGACAGCUUCGAGGAGCUGAGAAAGGAUGUGUUCAACAUGCUGUGUUACCUCGGGCCUCAUCUCUCCCAUGACCCCAUUUUAUUUGCAAAAGUGGUGCGCCUUGGAAAGGCUUUUAUGAAAGAGUUUCAGUCUGAUGGAAGCAAACAGGAAGAUAAAGAGAAAAUGGAGAUCCUGUUUAGCUGCCUGCUGAGCAUUACGGAUCAAGUCUUGCUUCCAUCUCUUUCUCUGAUGGACUGCAAUGCAUGCAUGUCUGAGGAGUUAUGGGGAAUGUUCAAAACUUUCCCAUACCAGUACCGGUACCGCCUUUAUGGACAAUGGAAGAACGAAACGUACAACAGUCACCCACUCCUGGUGAAAGUGAAAGCUCAGACUAUAGACCGAGCCAAAUACAUCAUGAAGCGUUUAACUAAGGAAAAUGUGAAACCCUCUGGAAGACAAAUUGGGAAGCUCAGCCACAGCAACCCUACAAUUUUGUUUGACUAUAUUCUAUCACAAAUACAAAAGUAUGAUAACUUAAUAACUCCAGUUGUUGAUUCACUGAAAUACCUCACUUCACUGAACUACGAUGUCUUGGCGUACUGUAUCAUUGAAGCCCUGGCAAACCCUGAGAAGGAGAGAAUGAAGCAUGAUGACACCACAAUAUCAAGCUGGCUGCAAAGUCUGGCCAGCUUUUGUGGUGCUGUUUUCCGAAAAUACCCAAUAGAACUUGCUGGUCUACUUCAAUAUGUAGCCAACCAACUGAAGGCUGGGAAAAGCUUUGAUUUGCUUAUUUUAAAAGAGGUAGUACAGAAAAUGGCAGGGAUAGAAGUUACAGAAGAGAUGACAAAUGAACAAUUGGAAGCCAUGACUGGUGGAGAACAACUAAAAGCUGAGGGUGGAUACUUUGGCCAAAUCAGGAAUACAAAAAAAUCUUCUCAGAGAUUGAAAGAUGCAUUAUUGGACCAUGAUCUUGCCCUUCCACUGUGCCUGCUCAUGGCUCAACAGAGAAAUGGUGUCAUCUUUCAAGAAGGAGGGGAGAAACAUCUGAAGCUGGUGGGAAAACUGUAUGAUCAGUGCCAUGACACCCUGGUACAGUUUGGUGGGUUUUUAGCAUCCAAUCUAAGCACAGAGGAUUACAUUAAGCGAGUGCCUUCCAUCGAUGUUCUCUGCAAUGAGUUCCACACGCCUCAUGAUGCUGCAUUUUUCCUCUCAAGACCCAUGUAUGCACAUCAUAUUUCAUCGAAGUAUGAUGAACUAAAAAAAGCUGAGAAGGGAAAUAAACAGCAGCACAAAGUUCACAAAUACAUUACAUCAUGUGAGAUGGUGAUGGCUCCUGUGCACGAUGCUGUGAUUUCUCUGCACCUUCCCAAGGUCUGGGAUGACAUCAGUCCCCAGUUUUAUGCUACGUUCUGGUCUUUGACAAUGUAUGACCUUGCUGUCCCACAUAGUAGCUAUGACAGAGAAGUCAACAAGCUUAAAGUCCAGAUGAAAGCCAUAGAUGACAAUCAGGAAAUGCCUCCAAAUAAAAAGAAGAAAGAAAAAGAACGUUGUACAGCUCUUCAGGACAAGCUUCUUGAAGAGGAGAAGAAGCAGUUGGAGCAUGUGCAGAGGGUUCUACAGAGACUGAAACUAGAGAAGGAUAACUGGCUUCUGGCAAAGUCUACCAAAAACGAGACUAUCACAAAAUUCCUGCAGUUAUGUAUAUUUCCUCGAUGCAUUUUUUCGGCAAUCGAUGCAGUUUAUUGUGCUCACUUUGUGGAACUGGUGCACCAGCAGAAAACACCCAACUUCUCCACACUUCUCUGCUAUGACAGAGUUUUCUCUGAUAUUAUAUAUACGGUUGCAAGCUGCACUGAGAAUGAAGCCAGUAGAUACGGCAGGUUUUUGUGCUGCAUGCUGGAGACUGUGACUAGAUGGCACAGUGACAGAGUCAUAUAUGAAAAGGAAUGUGGCAACUAUCCAGGCUUCCUAACUAUAUUACGGGCAACUGGUUUUGAUGGUGGAAAUAAAGCUGAUCAGUUGGAUUAUGAGAAUUUCAGACACGUGGUGCACAAAUGGCACUAUAAAUUAACUAAGGCUUCUGUGCACUGCCUAGAAACAGGUGAAUAUACACAUAUCAGAAAUAUCCUGAUUGUGCUGACCAAAAUCCUUCCGUGGUAUCCAAAAGUGCUGAACCUGGGCCAAGCCUUGGAAAGAAGAGUACAUAAGAUAUGUCAGGAAGAGAAAGAGAAGAGACCCGAUCUAUAUGCAUUGGCUAUGGGCUAUUCUGGGCAGUUGAAAAGUAGGAAGCCUUUCAUGAUACCUGAAAAUGAGUUCCACCACAAAGACCCACCUGCCAGGAAUGCUGUAGCUGCAACAGUACAAAAUGGGCCAGGUGGUGCUGGGAUGCCUACAUCUCUCACAAUAAAUACAGUUAGACUGGAAGAAGGCACUACUGAGGAGACUGAUAAACUAAAGGAGAAGUCUCAGGGUGUGGUGAAAGUUAUUAAUAAAACUGUCAACGCUACACCGAAGGUGACAACAAGCAAUGGAAACAGUGCUUCUAAUAGCAAAAUUAUUAAGGAGAAAGAUGAUAAAGAGAAAAGUGGGAAGGAAAAAGAUAAAGAAAAGAAAGAUAAGACUCCAGCUGCCACUCCAGAGAUGAAGGCACUUGGGAAGGAUGGGAAGGAUAAACCAAAGGAAGAACGGGCAAACAAAGAUGAGAAGGCAAGAGAGAUCAAGGAGAAAACACCAAAAUCUGACAAAGAGAAGGAAAAAGUGAAGAAAGAAGAAAAAGCUUCAAAAGAAGAAAAAUCCAAGACAGUCGUGACCAUCGUUGAGUCCAAGUCAACUGCAGAAAAGGAGAGAGAAAAGGAGCCGUCCAGAGAAAAAGAUAUAGCGAAGGAAAUGAAAUCCAAGGAAAAUGCUAAAGGAGGAGAAAAGAUGCCAGUAGCUGGGUCCUUGAAGUCACCUGUUCCCCGAUCAGAAGCAUCAGAAUUUGAAAGGGAACAAAAACGCCGCAAAGUUGAUAGCCAUUCUUCUCCAUCACAUUCCUCAACAGUAAAGGACAACCUCAACGAACUCAAGGACUCUUCAGCAAAGCACUACAUUAACCACACUACUCCAACACUGUCCAAGAGUAAGGAGAGAGAAGUGGACAAGAAAGAUUUGGACAAGUCAAGGGAAAGAUCCAGAGAGAGAGAGAAGAAAGAUGAAAAGGACAGGAAAGACCGAAAAAGGGAUCAUUCAAACAGUGACCGAGAGGUACCACAGGAUUCAACCAAGCGACGCAAAGAGGAGAACGGGACAACUGGUUCUUCAAAACAUAGUAAAAGUGAAAGUCCUUCUGACUCCCCUCGCUUAAAUGAAAAGGAGAAGGAGAAAAGCAAAUCAAAAUCUUCAGGAAAAGAGAAAGGCGAUUCGAUUAAAGCAGAAAAGAUGGAGAAGAGCUCCUCUGGUAGCAAAAAGGUUUUUGUCCUUAACGCUGGAUCUACUCAUAAAUCUUCAGACAAGCACAGAUAAUGAAGAUUGUUCCAGUCAAGGUGAGAUUGAAUUGGGAAGAUACCCAGCUGUGACCAGAAAUGUAUUUUCCAGAGUAUAGAUUGCACAGAAAUUUGUGAGUGAAGAGGACCCAUCUGCAUCUCCUUAAAUUAUUCAGUUCUCUGCUUUAUUUCCCCAUGCUGAGGAUUAAAUUGUUGAGUUGUACAUUACUGUAUUUUUAACUUGUUGCUUAGUUUCUUACACAUUUAUUUUCAGUACCUGGCUGAAAGUGUUACCUGUUCCAUAUUUUAGCACAAUGUGCUGCAAACAAACAGUUGCCAUAGUGCAAAUGAGGUUUCAUGUGUACAGAGUUCCACUUUAGGUUGUCGAAAAUACUGCCUGAGUUUAGUAAUUCUUUCAAUCUGAAAUGCAUUCUUAUAGAUGUUUGAAAACCACAAAUAAACAGUUAUUGAACCUUUUUGGAUUUACCUCAUUUAAACUCAGUUUUUAUUUAUUACUUGGCCUGUUUUUAAUAUCAGUGACUAAAAAAAAAAAGAAGUUGAGUGGGAGCACUGUUUUCAUGCAAUGCUUAGGGAUUAUUUGUAUAUUGUGUACAACGUUGACUUGUUUAAAGAAACAAAGAAUGAACCCUGUCCCUCCCCUCCCAUUCUAAACCUGUGCUCUGUUGUCCCCUGCCACACUUUCUGUUUGUCAUGUCGUUUUUAGACUGAUUGGAAAUGCUCUCUUCAAAACUGAAAUAAAUUAAACUCCAAUUACAGCUACAGGAGCUUUGUAUUGCUGAACUUUAGUCUGAAAAGUUUCACAAUGACAUUUUUAAAAAAAAAAAAAAAGAAUUUUUUUAUCUGCUGAAUUCUACCAGUGUAACCUUUUUUCUAAAUAAACAAUAGUUUUCUCAAUGGGUCGUAAA